AUGAAGAUCUUCACCUACGCAGCUCUUGUCGCCUUGUUCUUGCCAUUUGUCCCGGCUCUAACUACCUCCAUGUCACCUCCAUUUCGGCAUGCAGCACCGGCCUCAGCGGCGCCCCAGCUGGAUCUUAAAGCCUUGACUGAUGGCUCUAUCGGCAAGGUUUCCGUCCAAGCUUUGAUACUACAUGGACUGCUUGCAGAGCAGCAGCAGAACGCAGCAGUGUCCCCCAAGGAAUGGGAGAGUAAAGGAAAGAGUAAAGGAAAGAGUAAAGGAAAGAGUAAAGGAAAGAGUAAAGGAAAGAGCGAAGACAGCGACGCUCAAGAGAAGGUAGACGCCGCAAAUGGAGGGAUUGCAGGAGGCGUGAUGGGUUCAGCACUUGCUGGUGGCAUGAUGAAUGCGCACAAAGGCCCUGUGGUAGCACUAUGCAACGCACUAACCUCCGGUGCUGGCGCUGCUGUUGGUCCUUCGAUGAAAGGGGCGGUAGCCGGAGCGCAGGAGAACAACGCAACGGAGCAGACACAAAGUAAUCAAAACUACGGCCCGGAAAAUUCAACUGAUACCGACCAGGCUUCUGAGCCCAACCACAUCGCGACGGCCAUACCUGCCUCCGUUGUAGGGAAUUUUGCUGGUUCGACUGUCGGCACGAGUCUCAGUCGAGGUAUCUGCGAGGGCGCUUUUAAAAAUUGGGGCAUGAAAUGGGUUCCGAAGAUCGCACAAGAAGCAUUUGGGCCUGAAAUGUACUUGGAAGCCGCACAAAAAGCGCUUGCCAAUAAGCGCUUCAAGACGGUGCAGCAGAUUCUGCAGAAGGCUGGGGUACCGGUGAAUCGCGCUGCCAAUUUCAUCUCGGAUCUCCAAGCCGAGAUCAAACGUCUUCCACUUCAACUGGACGGAGCUGUUGCCAGUCUACAAAGCGACGUCGUUAAUGGGGCUUCACAGAUCUCUGAUACCAUCGCAGCCGGCCAAGGAGCUACAAUUGGACCUGCCCUCAAUGCUGUCAAUCAGGUUGGUGCCUUGUCUCCAAUGUGUUCCUUUGCUGCAGGUGGCUUGAGCAAGCGCAUGCUGUGCCAGCCGCCCGGAUCCUCUGCGUCUCCUAUGCAGCAGUUCGAAGCAUUCACAAGUCAGAUGUCGCAACUCAACCGUAUGGCGUCUUCCCAGUCCCCCAAUGCCCAGGUCCUCAACCAGGUACAGCCCGUCAUAGACGGACUUCAACGCAGUGCGUCGCAGGCCGUGAAAGGUGGUCACUCUCUGUUGAAGGGUGCCGGUUCCACUGCUAGAAAUGGUCUCAGUGCGAUCUUUGAUCUUCUAUCCCCGUUUCAUGAUUCAAAAGGAGAGGCAAAGGUCACUAAAACUCAUCAUGUCACGAAGACACACCAUGCCACCAAGACUCAUGAGAUUACCAAGACUGAUCAUGUCACCAAGACUCACGAGAUUACCAAAACGCAUUUGAAGACAAAGACAACAACCGCCACGGAAACCGACACCAAGACGAAGACCAAGACUAAAACAGAGCAUGUACGGGAGACCGCGACAAAGACCAAGACUAGAACAGAGCACGUACGCGAGACCGCCCAUAUUACCAGAGUACACUACAAAACGGCCUCCAAAACGGUAACGAAGACGGCGUGCAAUCCAGUUUCUAAGCCCACUGCAGCCAACGGCCCUUCCCAGCUCCGUCUAACUGCAGACAGCGAUUGGGUCUCAUUCGGGCUUUGGCCCGGGGACACCGUUGAUGGAGGCACAGUCUAUUGCUACAACAAGGACCGCCAUUUCUCUUGUUACGGGACUGUUAAAAAUCCGAUCAAGUACAAAGAAGUCAAGGACAAGAAAUUCGAAAAGUGUGUGCAAGAGGGUGCCGCAGCGUGCUUUGUCAAAAGUUUACCAAAGGGUAUCCCAACUUGGUGGAUAUCGGAUAAUGAUAGGAAACUUCGUGGUGUUGCUUGCGCGGGGACGGGCGCAGGGGAAAUACAGUGCUGGGGUACGCCGAAGCACAGCACAGUGCGUUACAAGAAGAUGAAGUCUGGGAAGCUUGAUAGGUGCUUGCGGAGUCCUGGCAAGAAGGCUUGUUAG